AUGCAGAGGAGAGCUUUAUGCUACGGGUUACUUGCCCUCCUGCUUCCCCUGACCUUCGCACAGGACGACUCAUGCCCCGCUGCAGGUACUGUUACAAUUGAGAAGACUGUUCAAGGCGAUGCCGCAACUGUGACAGUGGAGAAGUCCGUACAGGACGCCGCAGCGACUGUCACAGUAGAAAGAACUGUACAAGGCGAGGAAGGAACCGUGACGGUAGAGAAGACCGUGCAAGGCGACGGAGAAACGGUUACUGUGACCGUCACAGCCGCUGGAAGUGAGAAAACGGUCCAGGGCGAAGGCUCUACUGUAACUGUAACGGGAGCUGCGAGCGAGAAGACGGUGACAGUUACUGUGGCUGGUAGUGAUGGCCAGGGGACCAUCUACGUGACCCAAACUAUCGAUUCCGGCAACGAUGGUAACGACGAGCCAGGGACAGUGACUGUCACGCACACCCAAACGGUCACCUCUGGAGACGUGGCUUCUAAUGCCGACAAUACCCAGUAUAUCACCGUCACUGCAGCCGACGACAGUGGAAAGGGCACUGCGGGCGAGACCAGGACCGAGACCGAGACCGUCACGCUUCAGCCUGAGGAUGACGGUUUUAUGGCAAUUCAGACAUGUCCAGAAACUACAGGUUACCCCGUCGAUUGUCCCGACUGUUCAGACCACACGACAACCAUCACGUCCACGACGACGUGCUGGGAAACCACCACAAUCAAGGAAACAGCGCCACCCACCACCAUAACGAAACCGCCUGUAACCACCACGGUGACAGACACUGUUACCGAAGUCGACACUGUCACCUGCUACGUGACUAUAAUCAAGGAAAUUUAUAUCAGCGUGACGGACACGAGUACAGUUAUCAGUACAGCGAUAUCGACUACCACCGAUGUGACAACUAGUGUUGAAACAACUGUAGCAACCACUGUCGAAACGUCAAUUUUGACGUCUCUCAUCACCGAUACAUCCACCGUCACCAGCACAACGACGUUUGAGACGACGAUCACGACCACCAUCCAGGGCGAGAAGACGACUGUUAUCAGUACCAUCACGGAAGAAGUCACGGACGUAGUCACAUCAGUUCAUACAACGACUCUUCCGACGACCGUACCAACGACUAUCCCUACAACUGUUGUUUCAACGGUGCAAACAACCAUUGAAGUACCCACAACCAUUAUUUCAACAAUUGAGAUACCCACUACGAUCGAUGGUGAACCUACAACAGUGAUUUCUGAAGUCACGGUAGCCACUACAGUUCUCUCAACGAUUCCUACCACCGUGCCCACGACCGUUAUCUCUACUACUCAAAUUACUGUCGAUCGCCCCACAACGAUCACAUCAACCAUCGAGGUCCCGACAACAAUCGAAGGACAGCCAACAACAGUGACUAGCCGAAUCACGGAAGUUAGUACCGUUGUGGACACUGUGACCGAGUUCAGCGUUAUCGAGGUUCCGACUACGGUCGUUUCAACUCUCGAGAUACCAACUACCAUCUCAGGCCAACCUACCACAAUCAUCAGUGAGAUCACGCAGGUCAGCACAGUGCUCGAGACUGUUGUAUCUGGUACAACACUUUUCCAGACCCAGACAGCCACACAGACAGCUACACAGACAUUGACGCAAGUUCAGGUUACGACAAUCGCUCCCAGCCUGAGUGGUACGCUUGUAACUGUGACAAACACGCUGGUGGAUAUCAUAGUGAGCGUCAGCGGCUCGGUCUCUACUGUAACCCAGCCUGGCUCAACUGAGGUGAUCGUCUCGAUCUUGCCGGCUAGCACAACCACUCUUACCGAGCUCGUCGUUUGCGAGUCACGUACGAUCAACCCUACAUUUACUCCAGCCCAGCCAGUUCCCAGCGACUGGACCUGGGGCUGUCCUCCCGGAAAGUUAUGCAAGCCCAAGCAAAUUGGGUGUAAUUUCGAGCGGAGUCUCCCAGCCGAUACAUACUUCUGCGCGCCAGAGGAGUGUGUCGUGCCGCCUCAUGUACCAGAUGUCGAAAACCCUGCCGGGCCAUGGAACAACUACACGUGUGGCGUUCUGUACGAUCCGAUCGAGCCCUAUUUCAAUUUCGACCCUGAGCUCUUUGGCCUCAACUUUGGCAUAUUCAACGCGUCCGGUGGUCAGCAGCCCACGCCGUGCCCAGCCAACGAAACUUCAUACACCCCGACGAAGCCUACAAGCCAGCCUCAUCACUACGGUGCCAAGAUUCUGGAGUUCCUUAAUCCGGCGCACGUCUUUCCUACAGCCACGAAUAAGAAACGGGAUGCUUAUCCUGAGAUCACCGCGCCCGCUCUCUUAGAUAAACGCCAGGAUUCGCAGAAUCUAGUUCCAGCAAUCUGCUAUGAUCCCUGCAACCUAUGCGGCUACGCUGCUCAGGAGACUGGCAAAGUAUACGACAGACUUUGCCCGCCCCAAAGCAACUUCCCUCGAUACCUGGACUCUUGCAGGACCUGCAUUGAGAACAACAAGGAAGAUGAGCCCAUCGGCGUUCCUCCUCUUCUCAACAGUCUCACUCAGUGGAUGAACUAUUGCGACGAUGGACCAACGUCGACAUCUGCAUCCUCUUCAGCCGCCACGGGGGCCGCUCUGGUGACCAGCACAACGGCUGCCAGUCGCAGCACCUCGAACGCGGACUCUAGCGACUCAUCCACUGCUGCUACGCAGCCAGGCUCGGUUUCUGACUCCGCAGCCAGUUCGACAUCGGGAUCUAGUACCAAUGUUGCUGGUGCUUCGGCUUCGACAUCAACUUCCGGUAGCAGCAGGGAGAGCAGUGGUAGCAGUGACAGUACGAUAUCGAGAACGGCCAGCGCUUCAGCCUCCGGUUCGGCUUCCGGAUCAACUUCUGGCAGUGGUACCACCGUCUCCGGUACGUCUACCGUCGGUGAGGAAGCGUCUACAACUGCCGGAGAGUCAGGUGGAUCGUCUUCGACAUCUGGCAGCCCAGUCGCUUCAGACUUCGAGAGUGGCGCCUCGAUGACGCAGUCGCCAAUCGUGAAAGCCCUACUCGCGCUGUUUUCUGCGAUGACAGUUCUGGUUCUGUAA